AGCGGCUCGUUGUCGUCGGUGAGACCGAGAGAGGAGCGCCGGGUUCCCGCUGACUGAGCUGCUGGUCGUCAGACGUUUCAGGUUGUGUUUUCAAUGCAGAAACGACGCGUUUAGACCGGAAACCCGCUUCUCCGUCUGUCCUCUGCAGCUGGUGUGAAACAUCUGGAGGGAGGAGGCGUGAAACAUCUGGAGGGAGGAGACGGGAAACAUCUGGAGGGAGGAGGCGUGAAACAUCUGGAGGGAGGAGACGGGAAACAUCUGGAGGGAGGAGGCGUGAAACAUCUGGAGGGAGGAGGCGUGAAACAUCUGGAGGGAGGAGGCGUGAAACAUCUGGAGGGGGAGGCUUCAGGCUGCCGCUGUCCCUUCCGGAGCAACACGGGAGCCAUUAACAGGUACAGAUGGGGGAGGUUUCAGCCAUGGAGGGCGACUGCCUCAGCUGCAUGAAGUACCUGAUGUUCAUCUUCAACUUCUUUAUCUUUCUGGGUGGCUCCUUCCUGCUGGGGGUCGGGGUUUGGGUGCUGGUGGACCCGAUGGGCUUUAGGGAGAUUGUGGCGGUCAACCCCCUGCUCUUCACCGGGGUCUACGUCAUCCUGGCCAUGGGGGGCAUGCUGUUCCUGCUGGGCUUCCUGGGAUGCUGCGGAGCCAUCCGGGAGAACAAAUGUCUGCUGCUGUUUUUCUUCAUGCUCAUCCUCUUCAUCUUCCUGGCGGAGCUGGCUGCUGCCAUUCUGGCUUUUCUCUUCAGAGAACAUCUGACCCGAGAAUAUUUCACCAGGGAGCUGAAGCGUCACUAUCAAGGUCGAAACAACACUGAUGUCUUCACCACCACCUGGAACGCCAUCAUGACCACGUUCGAUUGCUGCGGCGUCAGCGGACCUGAAGACUUCGAUGAGAGUCUUUUCAGGCUCCUGAAUCCUGUUAAGAUGGUCCCUGAGUCCUGUUGCCAGAGGAGCGGUUACCUCGGCGACAGCGGUGUGGAGCAGUGUGUGAGCGGCGGCGUGACCUUCAGACACAACAAGGGCUGUUACUCAGCAAUGGUUGAAUACUUUGAGAACUACAUCUACGCUGCAGGAGCUCUGGCCAUCGUGGUGCUCACCAUCGAGCUCUUCGCCAUGGUGUUCGCCAUGUGUUUAUUCAGAGGCAUCCAGUGACUCCUCCUCCUCAGCAGAGCAGACUGUAACAUAUGAACGGGUGUGUACAGUGUUGGUUUCUGUGCGUUGUUGGUUUUGUGGUCGUUUCGUACAUCAGCAGGACGUUGAAGCUCCUGCUUCAGACACUAAAACACACAGGAAGUUCCUGUUCUGCACCGUGGAUGGACUCAAAGCUGCUUCAGUCCAGAAAAACGCCAUCACACCCCACGAUGUCACCACCCGUCUGAAUCCAGGGUUCAGUCAAAGACACAAAAACAUGGACACGAUGGGAAUCACGCAGGACAAUGUAUUAGUUAUUUAUUUCUGCCUGCAGAGUUUCCCUUCAUGUGUUUGGCUGUGUUCGCAUGCAUGUUGGUCAGUCUGCUGUAGAGAUUCAGACUCACACAAAAGUCAAAAAUCCUGCAGCUUUAU